AGGAUGUGGAUACAUGGAUUUAACGGAGGAAGACAUCGAGUUAACUCAGUGUUCAGAUGUAAACACCAUGGGAUUUGUGUGCGAGCACCCUGCCAGGUCCGAUUCAUGUUUUACAAAGAUGUCGGUGCCCCUGCAGAGUAUGGGGUAUGAGAGUGCUGAAUCAGCAACAUCAAGUGAUUGUGCCUCUUCCUGUUUAUCAGAAGACGAUUGCGCGGGAAUUUACAUUUCGUUGGAGACAUCUUGUACUACGUUGAUAUACGACACCGAUAUGCCAAGUAUUUUACCAGGCAGCAUUUUUAACUCAACCUACAUAUAUCAUCGAAAGUAUAUUUACCAUUCCCAUUACUACGGAUUCAUACCAGGUUUAAGUGAGGAGGAGUUGUGUAGCCUACCUAUUGGCUCACCUAUAAUAACUACAACCAUUGCUGGGGAGACAACGACAGAAACGAUAAAUCCAACAACAACGGAGAAAACAACAGAAGACGGUGCACAGACAAGUGACUCAACAUCAGAAACAACAACAGAAGAUGGUGCACAGACAAGUGACUCAACAUCAGAAUCAACAACAGAAGAUGGUGCACAGACAAGUGACUCAACAUCAGAAACAACAACAGAAAAUGGUGCACAAACAAGUGACUCAACAUCAGAAUCAACAACAAUAGAUGGUGAACAGACGAGCGACUCAACAUCAGAAUCAACAACAGAAGAUGGUGCACAGACAACUGACUUAACAUCAGAAACAACAACAAAUGCUCUUCAGUCAAAUACUUCAAUGAGUAAUGGAUAUGUAUACAACUUUUCUUCUUGUGUAUGUGUGUGUACUGAAACAAAUCUAACUUUGGAAGAAAAAAUUGAGAAUAUUGUGUCAAAAUUACGAUUGGAGACAUCUACUCUGUCUUCUGCCGUAAGAAAGAAAACAUGUGCUGAAGAUCUCAGGCCUAGUGCUAAAAACGUUGGUCUCAUUGGAAUUGUAAUACUAUGUAUAAUUGCAGCAAUACUUCUUUGUUUUGAUGCACUUAGAUGUACUAAAGCCAUUUUUGAAAAGAAUAAUCCAAAAGGUACAAAUAUGUACAAAAAGGGAAAACGAGUAAAUCGAUAGUGGUUAGUAACCAAAUUUUAAUUUUAAAAAUAAAUUAUUUUAAAGAGGAAUUUUGACUG